AUGAACGCAGACCUGGGCCUCAACAUCUUCCAGGUGGUACAGAAUGAACUUCUGUCGCGCGAGGGCAGUCGCUCCACGCUCGGCCUGGGCUUUCGCCUCGCCGUGCUCGAGGAGAGACUGAAGAACCACGAAUCCAAAUCCAAGAACUCGCUCGUGUGGCGGCCGCACCAUGCCGUAGCACCCAUCUCCUCCCUGACGCCCGAAUCGAAGCGCCUCGUCGACGCCGAACGGAGACGUCUCCUGAGCAGGAAAGGCGCCAGAGCCAUCGACGACAAGGACCCGACCAUGCUCCCCCGCCACGAGGAGUCGUGGGAGGUACACCCUGAUUUCCCGAGGACCGUCUUGGAAUUCAAGCAACUCCAGUUCCACCCUGACAGGGUCCGAAGCCUGCUCGAGUUUUACUACGUCAAGGUCUACAGGCCCGACGACAUGAGGCCUGUGGUGACAGAUCGUCACGACCACUCGGCCGACGUCAGGUACAAUCUGGAAACCUGCCUCGAGGAACUCGCCAUGACAUGGGGACUGAACUGGCUUCGGAUCGGUGGUCUAGCACUGCCUGGCCCGUCAGGACCUAUUAGCGGUCGCGUACCGUGA